GGCAGCGGGACAGGGGAGGGGACAGCGGGCACCGAGGGGACACCGAGGGGACACCGAGAGCGGGCACUGAGCGCGGUGAGUGCGGGACGGGAGAGCCGACACUGACUGCAGGGGGCGAGUGCGGUAGGGCAGGAAGACGACGUUCCCUGGCACGGGGCUGAAGGAUGACAGCCAUCCUGGAGCGGCUCAGCACGCUGUCCCUCAGCGGGCAGCACCUCAGCCGGCUGCCCCGGCUGCUGGAGGACGGCCUCCCCAAGAUGCCCUGCACGGUGAAGGAGUGCGAGGUGCCGCAGCUCUUCCGCGAGCCCUACAUCCACAGCGGGUACCGCCCCACCGGCCAGGACUGGCGCUACUACUUCCUCAGCCUCUUCCAGAAGCACAACGAGGUGGUCAACGUGUGGACUCAUCUCCUGGCGGCGCUGGCCGUGCUGCUGAGGUUCAAGACGUUUGUGGAGGCCGAGCAGUUGCCUGUGGACGCGUGGUCCUUGCCGUUGCUCAUCUUUGUCCUCUCCUCUGUCACCUACCUGACCUGCAGCCUCUUGGCCCACCUGCUGCAGUCCAAGUCGGAGCUGUACCACUACACCUUCUACUUCGUGGACUAUGUUGGAGUCAGCAUCUACCAGUAUGGCAGUGCCCUGGCUCAUUUCUACUACAGCUCUGACCAAGCCUGGUACGACAAGUUCUGGCUUUUCUUCCUGCCAGCAGCAGCUUUCUGCGGCUGGUUGUCCUGUGCCGGCUGCUGCUACGCCAAAUACCGGUACCGACGGCCUUACCCCAUCAUGAGGAAGAUGUGCCAGGUGAUCCCAGCAGGGCUGGCUUUCAUCCUGGAUAUCAGUCCCGUGGCUCACCGGGUGGUUGUGUGUCACCUGGGGGGCUGUGAGGAGGAUGCUGCUUGGUACCACACGUACCAGAUACUGUUUUUCCUUAUCAGUGCUUAUUUCUUUUCCUGCCCUGUCCCUGAGAAAUACUUCCCUGGCUCCUGUGAUAUUGUUGGCCAUGCCCACCAGAUCUUCCACACCUUCCUGGCCAUCUGCACCCUUUCACAGCUGGAGGCCAUUCUUUUGGAUUACAAGAACAGGCAGGAGAUUUUCCUGAAGAGACAUGGGCCUUUUACUGUUUAUCUCUCCUGCAUCUCAUUUUUUGGCUUGGUGGCCUGUAGUGCCAUCACAGCUUACAUCCUGCGAUGCAGGAUCAAGGCCAUCCUGGCUAAAAAGGACUCCUGAGAGUCACGGACGUGACAGGCAUGACAUGACCAGAGAAAAUCAAGAAAAAGGGCGUAACAUACUAGAGACAUGACUGUCUUACCUGCCUAACACGCCGUGACUAACCAGGACCCUGGAUUCAGAUGGAGGGCUGGACACUUCAUGCUGGAUGCAUUUUCACAGCAGGGAUUGCCUUUUGCCAUCCAGGGGGGGACAUGGAGUGUUUUAAGCCAGAACAAGUCACUGAACCAAGGAUGCUGAAAUAGGCAGAGGUUCCUUGUUCAAGCUGGUAGAGCUGUGGGUGAGACCUUGCUGAAGGUCAGGGAGGGCAGCCUGGAGGCUGUGGGACUGUAGAAGGGUGUGCCAGGGCUCACAACACCUUGAGGACCACAGCUGGAUGUGAUGACCUCUCUGGGUUUGGCCGUAUCUGUGUGAGAACUGUUCCUGUCAAAGGCAGUAGGAAGGUUUUGGGAAGUCUGUGUUUCUAGGGUUCAGGUGUGAGGGCACAUGUGGCACCAUGGCUGCUAGAAUCCUUUUCCUGUUCCAGCCAGGUUUUCUCUGUGCUCCCCUUUUCAAGGGUGUCAAUGCCAGGUUGCUUAGGUGGCUUUGUGAAAACAUCUUUGGAGAUCCUGGCCUGACCUGGCAUCCUCUGGGACAAACUAGGUCUGUGUCAUCUGUCUAGGGAGUCUGACCAACCUCUAGCAAUGUCCAUGAAAUGUGGAGUAACUUGGAUGGGAUCUGUUUGGUACAGGAAAGGCUCUGCUCCUCCAACAACACUACUGUGGUCACGGCCAAAAGGGUGUGAAGGUGAAGGAGUCUUUAUUCCCCUCUUAAUGGUGCUUUGUGUCCUUGGUGAGCAUUGUGGGAAAGCUGACCUUGGAGCUGCAGGCUUGCUGUUCUAUGACCAGUGGGGCUGUGACUCUGCCAUGUUUUUAUCAGUAUUAAAUGAAGAUGGAGCAGCAAAAGGCAGGAGCAGGGUGAUGACAUUAGGGUCCUGCACAACCUCGGGAUGGGUUUGUCCUUGGGACUUGGUGAUUCCUGUGUGGAAUGGCAAAGAGAGCGGUCAGGGUCACUUAAUGUCCAUGGGUCACUCCUAUCCAAGGUAACAACGGCUGGAUUGCUGUGUCCCCCACUAGAAGAACCUAUUCUGUGCUUGCCUUGGGGGAAUAUUGAACAUGGAGCCACCAAGGAGGAUUAAAUCCUUGCUAAAACCAAGGAAUCCACGGGACCUAUCCCAGCCAUGGAUUUGUCUCAUUGAGCCCAAGGGCAGGCAAAUGAAUUGUGAUUGCUGGUUCUGAGCAGGCAGAGUGUAGGGUUGGGGGUAUGGUUGGUGAGGACAAGCACUGAUUUCUGCACUUAUCUCUGUUUCAGCUCUUGAGGUGUGUGUGUUCAUGUUCCAUGCAUGUGCAUGGGAUUUGUUAUCCAGAAAGGCUUUGCCUUGGGAUUUUAUAUGUGCAGAGCCUCCUAGCUGGGUUAAGAUUAACUUGAAGGAAACAGUGCUGUCUUUCUGGAGGAGCAAGGUGGGCUGGACAGCAGAUUUGUUAAUAGGUGGUGGAAAACAGAUCUGUAGAUUGGCACUUUGCUGGUCCUGUGUUUAGUAGGUAAAUUUGGGACUCAUGACCCUAUAGAAAAUUAAAUACAAAGGGAGAAGGAAGUAAGUUUGGAGUAUAGGAGAAGAAGUCAUAGGAAAGCCUUCAGGAGGUCAUCAACUCCACCCUUUCUCAUCAGUCCUGGCCUCAGCUUAGAAAUUAAUUACUUGAUUUCAUAGGGUGUUUUUGAUGGUACAGAUGGUACAGCCAUGCUGACCUAGCAGAAAAUCUGCCUCAGGGGAGAUGCCAAGCAGGGGUGGUCCCACAGGCACCUCGUUAAACCUCUUCCCAUGCACAGAAGUUCAUCUCACUACGGAGUGAGCCAGUGCCGGGAGAGGGACCUUUGGGAAACCAAUCCUACUGAAAAAAUGUCAAUAAUUUUCGGCUGGUUUUAAAUCUGAGCCAACUCACUUGAACAAUGCAGCUGCUGGUAGGGAAGGACUGGAGUGGAGGCCAGCAGCAGUUCCUCCUUGCAUGGCAGCUGGCUGCUCAGCUCACUCAGCUGCACUGAUGGACUGCUCCCUCCAUGGCUUCUGGCUUUGUUUGUGGGUCUCCUC